AUGGAGCAUGCCCGAACAUCUGAGCACGAGCACCAUGAACCUCUUCUUGAUGAACGAGAAAACGAAGGCCGGCAAAGCCAGGAAGACGACAUUGAGUUGGACGAGCUGCACGAUGGCUUCGGACCGUCAUCUGUGAGCGAUUCUGCACCUUUAACUUCUUUCGACACUCCCAUCCCAGCUGUGCCAAGAUCAAAAUCGUCCUACCUCGCAAUCGCGGCGGUGUUCGUCGUUACUGUCGCAGGCUUCACCAUCAACACCGAGGCCACGGCUUACUUCGAGGACGUGCUUGGCUGGAAGAAGCCGUUCACAACCAUGUACAUCUCCCAUAGCUCGCUCUGUCUUCCUUGGCUUGGACAACUGGCCUACUCACGCUGGAAGAAUCGCGAAACGCCAUACGUCAAAUGGGUCAGAGAGUACAACAACCAGAUCCGGGAAGCCGUCGCGACGAUUGACGCCUAUGCGACCUCUGGACCCAGUCUCGUCUUUAAACGCAAGGGACAAGUGGCGGGCCCGCUUGACUUUCUGGCAUCCACAAUGGCCGUCGUUACAGUGGUGCUGACUGUCAGCGGAGGAGCGUGGUUCGUGUCGCUGGUUUUCACUACCCCCGCCGAUCUCACCGCCAUCUACAACACCUCGACUUUCUUUGCCGCAGCGUUCUCCGUGCCGAUUCUGAAAGAAAGACUGGGCUGGCUCGCUAUCAUUGCCGUGGCCCUAUCCGUCGCCGGCACCUUCAUUAUCGCGUAUGGCGAUACCACUGCUGAGCAUGAAUCAUCGGCAAUAGGGACUGCAAGACUUCUUGGCAACCUCAUUGCCUGUGGCGGUGCAGUUGCAUUUGGACUUUACGAGGUGUUGUUCAAGAAGUGGGCUUGCUCCUCCAGACCAAUGAAACCUUCCGAGACCCUUCCGUUGACAUUUGCCGCAUCGGCGCUGACUGGAAUCUACACAUUUGCCACUCUUUGGGUUGGGAUAAUCAUCCUGCAUUUCACGGGGAUAGAGGAGUUUGUCGUGCCCAGCGCGUGGGUGAGCUUGUGGAUCUUCAUUGCGGUCAUCUCAUUGUCGAUAUCCUUGAACCUGCUCGUCGUCCUGGUGAUUUGGACGGAUCCAGUAUUCGGAUCUAUGGCAAAUGUAAUGGGCGCAUUCUCUGUUGCGAUGGCGGAUUGGUUUGUCUUCGGACUGAGUCCCUCGAUCGCGACCUACGUGGGCGGGGGUCUUAUUCUCGUUGCGCUUGCGCUCCUCACAAAGCAUACACUCGGCGAGAAGAGAUAA